GGAGUUCUGACUCUGAAGAAGCAUUCGAGACCCCAGAGUCGACGACCCCUGUCAAAGCUCCCCCAGCUCCACCUCCGCCUCCCCCUGAAGUUGUCCCUGAACCCGAAGUCAGUGUCCAGCCACCCCCGGAAGAACCAGGAUGUGGCCCUGAGACGGUCCCCAUCCCCGAUGGCCCUCGCAGUGAGCCGGUGGAAGGACACCCUUUCCGUCCCCCGUCACACUCCUUCUCUGCUGUCUUUGAUGAAGACAAGCCGAUUGCCAGCAGUGGCACCUACAACUUAGACUUUGACAACAUCGAGCUGGUGGACAGUUUCCAGACCCUGGAGCCUCGCUGCUCAGACUCGAAGGAUCAGGAAUGCCAAGUGAGCACACGGAGGAAGUCCACAGAUUCCGUCCCCGUCUCCAAGUCGACGCUGUCCCGCUCGCUCAGCCUGCAAGCUGGCGACUUUGACGGUGCUUCCUGCUCAGGCGGUCCCGAGGCGGCGGCCCCCGCCCUGGACGCACACAGCACGGGCUCAAGCAGUGCUUCCAGUACCCUUAAACGAACUAAAAAGCCAAGGCCGCCUUCCUUAAAAAAGAAACAGACCACCAAGAAACCCACAGAGACCCCCCCGGUGAAGGAGACACAACAGGAGCCGGACGAAGAGAGCCCUGCCCCUAGGGAGGAGAAUCCAGCGUCUGACACGAGCACAGAGCCAGCCAAGGUGGAAGGUUCUAGAACAGCCUUACUGGAGGAGACAGCCCUUGAACCUGCUGCUGUGCCCAAAACUGCCUGCCCCCUGGACUCAGAAAGUGCAGAGGUGGCCAUCCCACAAGCUUCAGGAGGCGGAAGAGUGCAGAACUCACCCCCGGUCGGAAGGAAAGUGUUGCCUCCUGCCACAGCCCCGGAGGCCGUGGAGGUGACCCCAUCAGACGGUGGGGGGCAGGAGGACGGCCCGGCCAAAGGGCUGUCAGUGAGGCUAGAGUUUGACUAUUCUGAGGACAAGGGUAGUUGGGACAACGAGCAGGAAACCCCGCCUCCUACCAAAAAGAUAGGCAAAAAGCCAGUCGCCAAAAUGCCCCUAAGGAGGCCAAAGAUGAAAAAAGCACCUGAGAAACUCGACAACACUCCUGCCUCACCUACCAGGUCCCCCGCUGAACCCAAUGACAUCCCCAUUGCUAAAGGUACCUACACCUUUGAUAUUGACAAGUGGGAUGACCCCAAUUUUAACCCUUUUUCUUCCACCUCAAAAAUGCAGGAAUCUCCCAAACUGCCCCAGCAAUCCUACAACUUUGACCCUGACGCCUGUGAUGACUCCAUUGACCCCUUUAAGACAUCCUCUAAGACCCCUAGCUCACCUUCUAAAUCCCCAGCCUCCUUUGAGAUCCCAGCCAGUGCCAUGGACGCCAAUGGAGUGGAUGGCGAUGGGCUUAACAAGCCCGCCAAGAAGAAGAAGACACCCCUCAAGACGGUGAAAAGGUCGCCAAAACGGUCUCCUCUCUCUGAUCCACCUUCUCAGGACCCUACUCCAGCAGGGACACCAGAAAGCCCACCGGUGAUCUCGGCGGUGGUACACGCAACUGAUGAGGAGAAGCUGGCGGUCACCAGCCAAAAGUGGGCCUGCAUGACCGUGGACCUGGAGGCUGACAAGCAGGACUACCCGCAACCCUCAGACCUGUCCACCUUCGUCAACGAGACCAAGUUCAGUUCACCCACAGAGGAGUUGGAUUACAGAAACCCCUAUGAAAUCGAAUACAUGGAGAAGAUUGGCCCCUCCUUACCUCAUGAUGACGAUGCCCCCAAGAAGCAGGCUUUGUACCUGAUGUUCGAUGCUUCUCAGGAGAGCCCCGUCAAGUCUCCCCCCAUCCGGAUGUCUGACUCCCCAGCGCCGUGUUCCGGGUCAAGCUUUGAGGAGACGGAAGCCCUUGUGAAUGCUGGGGCCAAAAUCCAGCAUCCCAUCCCACGAGGGCUGGGCCCCAGCCAAGAGCCACACUCGCAGGUGCCAGAGAAGUCCACCACCAAAGAGCUGGAGGCUAUGGCCUUGGGGACCACUUCAGACCCAAUUGAAAUUAGAGAGGCUGCCCACUCCACAGAUGUCUCCAUCUCCAAGACAGCUUUGUACUCACGCAUCGGUGCCUCUGAGGCAGAGAAAGGCCCAGGCCUUCUGUACCAGCCCCCCGACUUGGACUCGGCUCUGCAGAUCGCCAGAGCAGAGAUCAUCACCAAGGAGAGAGAGGUCGCAGAGUGGAAAGAUAAAUAUGAAGAAAGCAGGAGGGAAGUGAUGGAAAUGAGGAAAAUAGUGGCUGAGUAUGAGAAGACCAUUGCUCAGAUGAUAGAGGACGAGCAACGAGAAAAGUCUGUGUCCCACCACACGGUCCAGCAGCUGGUUCUGGAGAAGGAGCAGGCCCUGGCCGACCUGAACUCUGUGGAGAAAUCACUGGCAGACCUUUUCAGGAGAUACGAGAAGAUGAAGGAGGUCCUGGAGGGCUUCCGUAAGAACGAAGAGGUGCUAAAGAAGUGUGCCCAGGAGUACCUGUCCCGCGUGAAGAAAGAGGAGCAGAGGUACCAGGCCCUGAAGGUGCACGCAGAGGAGAAGCUGGACAGGGCCAAUGCCGAGAUCGCCCAGGUCCGAGGCAAGGCCCAGCAGGAGCAGGCCGCCUACCAGGCCAGCCUGCGGAAGGAGCAGCUGCGUGUGGACGCUCUGGAGCGGACGUUGGAGCAGAAGAAUAAAGAGAUAGAAGAACUCACCAAGAUUUGUGACGAGCUGAUUGCCAAAAUGGGGAAAAGCUAACUUUGAACCAAAUGUCUGGACUUGACCGUUACGUGCAAUAUGGCCGUCGGCACCCUGCUGUCCUAGCUGCGUGGACAGGCCCUGUCUGACUUUCUCGUAUGCACUACUGUAUCUCCUUCCUAACGGCGCUGACUUGAUGGUAUGCAGUACUACAGAGACUAUCAGAAUUUCUUGCUAUUGGUUUGCAUUUCCCCAGUAUAAAUUCAUAGCAAGUUGACCUCAGAGUUCCUGUAUCAGGGAGAUUGUCUGAUUCUCUAAUAAAAGACACAUCGCUGACCUUGGCUUUGCCCUUUGUGCCUGAGUUCCCAGGGUGAGCUGCUUUGGAAUUUAAUACAAACGUGGACAGCUUGCACAGGGACUCUUGCCUUAAGGAGUGUAAACUUGAUCUGCAUUUGCUGAUUUGUUUUAAAAAAAAAAAAAGAAAAGAAAAUGCAUGUUUCAAAUAAAAUUCUCUAUUGUAAAUAAAUUUUUUUUUCCUUUUGAUCUUGGCAAUA